AUGGAAAGCGAAAAAUUAUUGAUGGCCGCUGGUGUGACAGCGGCAGUCGUUGUUGGAGCAUUUGUCUUUUGGGGACCGUCGGGUUCUUCCAAACUUCGUCAGCGUCGUGGCCAGAUUGCGGGACUGCAUAAUUUCGGAAAAACGUGCUUUCUUAACACCCUGCUGCAGGCGCUGGCUGCAUGUCCGCAGUUUAUUGCCUGGCUGCAACUGCACAACACAAAGGACAAGAAAAGCUUAGUAUCGUCGCUGCAGAACGUGCUGGAAGUGGUGAAUGGAACGCAUCCGACGUUGCGCGGUGAUCCGUACGCUCCCGGUGCCGUCAUACGAGCGUUACAUGCCCUUGGGUGGGUUAUAUCGCCCGAGGAACACGAUGCCCACGAGCUGCUGCUGGUAAUGCUCAGCUCACUGGAGGAGGAAGUUUCGAAACCGCGCAAAAUAGGCUGUUUGUCCGAUGCGCUUGAUGAUGUUGCUGGUGGUUAUGUUGGUGAGAUGGGAUUUCAUGCCAUUCCGGCACGCCCGUCAAGCGCGAUGCUGUCCGACUUUUGCAACGCAGAGUACGACGAAUCGACUAAUCUGAUGCGUUAUACACGCUCGGAAGCGCACACACCCGAUUCACCACACUCCGUGUGCACUGAGAAUGAGGAACAGUCGCAGGAGAGUUCGUUGGUAGAGUUUGGGGCUUCACCUACACACACCAUCGGCGUUGCAUUUUCCGCAGCUUCCGGUCGACGGUUUGGCAGCCGGCAACCAGCAGUGAUGCGGCCCACACCGAUGCAUGAUCAAGGUGCGGUUGGUGAUGGGGGCAAUCAUUUCGCUGGUAAGCGGCAUUCGGCUUCCUAUCGCUCGCUAGAAAGGUUAAAUCGUGGCCCGGGCCGGGUGUCUGUUUGGGGCGAUAAGCAACAGGCGCAAAUUCCACAUCCGUUCCGGGGCGGGAUGGGUAGUCAGCUGUGUUGUGGUGGAUGUGGCCACAAAUCAACGGUGCGAUAUGACAAGUUUGACAGCAUUACGCUGCCACUGCCGGAAACGGCGGCACCCGGGCUCGGUAUCGGCAACUUACUCUCGGAUUUCAUUCAGCCGGAAUCGUUGGAUGCGGUGCAGUGUGAUGCCUGCCACGAAAUUACCACGCACACAAAGACACUCACAUUUAGCAAGCUGCCCGCCUGUCUCUGUAUUCACAUUUCCCGCACCACCUGGCAUGCGAGCGGCCACGUGCACAAGCGUAUGGACAGUGUGCACUUUCCAGAGACUCUCUCGAUGGCACCAUACAGCUUUGUGCAGCCGGGACUAAACAGCAACAUCAGUACGCCCUGGGGAUCGACCACGUCACUGUAUUCGGCCGGACUGAUGGCUAGCAUGGGACAGCAUGAAUCUAACACGGGCAGUGGAUUAGAUGCGAUCGGUGGCAGUGUCAACAGUGGAAUUGAACCAUCUGGUUCAAUGAGCUUUGGAUCGUACACCUUCGGCGCUAUGUUUCCGCGCAAUUUAUACCGCUUGCUGGCCGUUAUUGUGCAUUCUGGCGAGGCCAAUGCGGGCCAUUUCGUUACAUACCGACGUGGUGCACUACGCAACUCUUACAAAUGGUAUUACACGUCGGACACGGUCGUGCGUGAGGUUCCUAUCGAGGAGGUGCUUAACAGCUCUGCCUACAUGCUUUUCUACGAUCGGGGUUCCUCGUCGAAAUAUCCUUAA